UGACGCCUGUCCUAUAGCCUUUCCGUCCGUGUUUGUUUACAUCACGCCCAGACGGCCUGCACCGGUGCAGACGUACAUAUCAGAGACAUUUCCCCUCAGUACAUACCGACAAACCUCAGACAUACAGCUCCCCAGCUGCAGCGCCCCAUCUUUCAUCUUACCCGCAGCAAGAACAUCCAGCACUAUGAUGUUUGAAGACAUGGGCUCCAUGGCUGACGACUGUUCUCGACGUUGUUCACUCCCUGGCGUGCGUUCGAUCUCCAGUGCGUCUAGUACCGCAGACAUGACCGACGACCGCCGCCUGCCCCCGCUACCACGCGUGGAGCCUCUGCCCCGGGGCCCCUUUAACCCUUUCACCUCCAACAUCUUUGCUACCAGUCCCCCCAGCUCCCAGUCCCAAUGGCCAGGAGCCGAGCUCACUGCGGCUCCUCCAUCUCCUGCCACCUCCGCCGAUAGUUCUUGGCCAGAGCCCGUGCAGUCCCAGAAGGUCUUUGAGUGGCCGCAAGAGCUGACCCCAGCUGAGCUCCUGAACCUCGUCGCCCCCAAGCACAUCAACCGCAAACCGCCGUUGCAGCAACUGUGUGGACGGAAGCGCAAGGGAAGCAUGAUAUCUGCGGAUUCAGACGACCAGAGAGAAAAGCACAGGAUUGCCGAGGGUAACCGACGGAAGAACCUUAGCCAGCUGCACCGUGAGCUGGACAGCCGCCUCCAUGAUUUCUUUCUCGAAAGAGCAGGGUGGAACCCCUCUAAAAGCCUCCCAGAGUCGAAGGAGCACAUUGUACAAGCCGCCAUCUUUCUCAUCGACUUUAUGUUCUUGAUUAUUGUGCACUUGAUUCACCAAGAGAACGAGAUGCCACGCCAGCUAUCGGAGAAGCUGCAGCCUCAGGUCCGCUGCAUGCAGCUGCAGCAGCUGGUGUCGAGCCUCCAGCAGCAGAACCAGACUGCCCAACAGCAGAUAAAGUCUUUGAAACAAGACCUCCAGAUGGUGGAGGAGCGCAACCAGGCACUCGAGCUUCAGUUGAAGUCAUACGAACGCAUGUUCCGGUCGCCCCAAAGCGAGCACCCGACUUCUCAGCCCCUGACUCAUCUUACCGACGCCAGGCCACGCAACAUGCUCCCUGGCUUGCGGGUAUUCUGCGAUGAAAUUGCCUCCAGCAGCCCUGAUUCCUCUCGUUUUGAGCCUGUCCCCACGGGACUAUCGCACUCUUUCGGACAUGCGUACCUCACCCAAACCCCUCCGAUCACGGGGCCCUCUUCGCCGGCGUUUACACACGCGUCUUAUUCGGUACCUGUCUCACGGCGCCAAUCCCUCAACCCAUCACCCUAAAUUGAUUGCUGUGUCAUUUCAUGAUCACUGAAGACGGACUUUUGGUCCCUUGUCAUGAAUCUCCUUGAGUCGAAUAUUAGAGCGGCUGUUGUGCGGCCGAAUUUCCUUUUUCUCUUUCAACUGCGUUUUCUGGCAU